AUGGAAACAGUGUUCUCUCUCAUCCUCUUGCUUACAUUCUCUCUCUCCUGUUCUUCAUCAAAACUUGAUCCAACCCAAUUCAAAAUCCUCCAAUCAUCUUUCAAUAUUUCCAACCAAUUCCAUAAUCUCACCGCACUAAAUAUUUCCAACGCAAAUGUUUCUGGGUUUCUCCCAAUUAAUUGGCCAAAGAAUCUUGUUUUCAUUGAUCUAUCACUAAACUCAAUCCAAGGAACAAUACCCGAAUCAAUUUCAACCCUACAAAAUCUUCUAUACUUAAACCUAUCGUCCAAUUCACUUCACGAUUCAAUACCCAAUUCGAUUGGAGACAUGAUAAUGCUAAAGAACCUGUCUUUAGCUUCGAAUUUAUUGUCGGGGAACAUACCGGAAUCAAUGGCGGCGAUGAAGUCUUUGGUACAUUUGGAUUUGAGUAAUAAUAGGUUGACUGGGGACAUUCCUGAUUUCUUUGCAGAUUUGAAGGAGUUGAAAUAUUUGAAUUUUGAAGGAAAUCGUUUCGAGAAGGAAUUGCCGUUUGAUAAUUCGUUUGUGAAUAGGUUGGAGUUUUUUAGAAUUGGAAGGAAUGAGGAUUUGUGUUAUGAUAAGGGUAAAUUGUCGUCUCACGCUGGCGAUUUAAGGAAUGUGGAUGUAUGUUAUGAGCCUGGACCGACCAAUAUUAUUGUUGGUGUUGGAUUUUGGUUGUUGUUUGUUUUUGUUAUACUUAUCAUCUUGGUUCUAAUCUCAAAAUGGUGCAAAUGA